UUAUAUAGUCAUUGAAAUCAGUCCUUAAAAAUAAAAUAAAAUUUGUUUCUAAUCUAUCAAUGGCGUCUAGAGCGACAUCACUUUUCUUCUUCUUCUUUUUUCUCAUCUCUUGCGCAUUCUUGUUGCAUGAAACCAAUGCAUCAAACAACAAGGACAGUAGCAAUAUUCCAUCGUGCGGAUCGAGAGAUGAUUGUGAUGGCAUAUGGUGUAAAGGAGAAGGAAAGGCUGGAAAGUGUAACAUGUGGACUUGUGACAUUGAAGAAGAUUGUCUUAAGAUUGUUCGUUGCGAAAAUUUGCCAGGACCUUAUUGUAUGGAAGGACUAUGUACUUGUUAAAAUAUAUGAACGCUUUGUGUUAAGAAAGAACUGCUUAGUGCAUCUCUGAAAUAAAAUGGUUCAUUGGGUAAUCUGUUUUUCUAA